AUGGUUGAGACGAAAUCAGAGCAGAGGGUGGAGAUCCCAAGAAACAGGGAAUACCGAAUUGAGGCGGGAGAGCACCACAGGUACAGGACAAGGGUGGUUCGGGGACUAGCGGAGGUGAAGGGUGCCGAGAUGGUCAAUGACAAGUGGUACGUCUUCACAAACACGAAGACGUCCCUGUUCUCAUUCACAGGCUGCGAAAUAGAGGUCGAUGGAGAAUGCGAACUAGCGUAUAUUGGUGAGAGGGCCGCCUAUCCGAAAAUAUACGACAUUUUCAGCAAAAUAAGGCCAGGUGAAAAUGUGCUCGUUCUGGGAGAUGGACGCAGCACGCUGGCACUCACACUCUGCAACUACUUCGUGAGAGACCACAAGACGGUGCUAUUCACCGAAACAGACACGUCUCGUGGUAACGUGUUUCCUGGUACAAUUUCUACCUCUCGCAUAAACACCAUUUCAUUUGGGAACUUUAAGCUUAAUACGCCAUUUUGUUUGUAUUACGGCUCUAGGGAAAUUGAGAAUACCGAAUUGUACGAGUUACAGCUUCGUGUGCUGGCUGAGAAGAACAAGGAGCUGCUUCAGGAUAAGACGGUCUCUGGCAGCGUUCUUCUUGGUCCGUUCACUGACUUCGGGAUGCUGGAUAAAAUGGUGGAGUUGUUUGGAGUAACUCGCAUAGUUGUUUCCAAGAACGAGAGACUCUACAGCCGAAUCAGGCAGCGAGGCCUGGAAGUUGAAGUCGACUUCGUCCAGAACAGCGGCUACGUCGAGGAGAACAAGGUGUCGAGGUCGAUCAAGCGAUACUUUGAGGGUGAGGAGUUGGUUGAAGUCAACAACAACAUGGCCCUGAAAAAUGUGUACACGCCUAGCAAAAUUGUUCUAGGGAAAUCAGGCGCAUUCACAGCAGUGAAGAUCGGAGAGGAGUUCGUGGCACCAGAUACGGCAUUGCCACUCGGUGCCACGCGUAAGGUGGGCGUAGUCGGCGUCGAAGAGGUCGAAUUGGUUGAAAAUGCGGUGUUGGCCAUUUCAGAGGCGAAGGAACGAGACGAUGUGGCCACGAGCCCAGUUGUGGGGUUUCUGGUCUGUUUGGACGAGUCAUCGGGCAAAAUGCUCAGUGUCCAGCCCAAGUUGCCAAAGCUGUCGUUCCUGAUUCAGGGAACUCUGCGAUAUUUUUAG